AAAGGGAUGCCCCAUGUACCUGUGGCCCAAUGCUGAGUACUACACCAUAGUUGUCGCUGGUGAUAGAUCACACAGAUCUGCUUCCAGAUGCUCGUAAAGGUUCAAGUUGGUGAUAGGAUUCUACCUUAGGUCGAACGUACAUAAUUUGUUAUAGAUUCAUAGAUCACAUCGUCAUUCAUGCUCGUAUCGACUUGCCAGAAUUUUUUUCCUUCGCUCGUAUUCUCAACGAGGGAUUACGUUGAGAUAUGACUUGAGGUCCAGGAUUCUGGCAGCCGCACAGGGCGCUGCAGAAAAAGCCAUCGAGAUCCACCCCUUACUUCGUAUUGCUCCCAACAAGAUCCGGCCGGAGAGCCAUUUGUCGAGAUUCCAGAUGACGGACAUGGCGGAGUCAGAGGCGGAUUUCGUCAAUCUCCUCAUCCUCGGGCAGACUGGGAUCGGCAAGUCCACAUUCAUCAAUGCUUUCUUCAACUACUGGACUUACGACUCGCUGGAUGACGCUUUGGAAGGCGGUGUGAAAGUGGCAAUCCCGAGCAUUGUUGUCAAAAGAGAACAAUACGAGGAGACAGAAUUUCGGGUCGGAGAAAACAUCUCAGGGCAAGAGGAGGAUCUCGACGGAAGUUUCAGAGGUGAAUCUGCCACGCAAGUCUGCAAAGCGCACGUUUUCAAGCUUAAGGACAACUCAAUGACGGUGAGGCUCAUAGACACUCCGGGCGUGGGCGAUACAAGGGGAUUCCAGCAGGAUAGAGAGAACUUCAAGGACAUUUUGAACACCAUGACGAAGUACAAAAACAUUCACGGCAUCUGCAUCUUGCUUAAACCGGACGAGCCCAGGCUUCAUACUUACAUAGGAUUCUGUCUGUCCGAGUUGCUGACCUACUUCCACAAAAGUGCUGUAGACAAUUUUGCAUUCUGCUUCACAAACUGCAGAUAUACGGACUUCAAACUGCGAUCGACCCUGGGACCCCUGCAGAAGCUUCGGAAUUCCUUGAAGGAGACGACGGGAGUGGAGAUACCUAUAAACGAGCAAACAUUGUACUUCUUUGACAACGAGGUGUUUCCUGCGCUGGCAGCUCGUCACCACAAUUUCGAGUUAUCAACCGGCAAGGAGGAUCUCGAAAGGAGCUGGGAGAGAUCUGUGGAAGAGAUGACGCGACUUCUGAAGCGAUUCAGUACGAUCACUCCGCACAGAACAGAGGCAUCAGUGUCCGUGAACAAGGUGAAGCAGAUAGUGAGAAACCUAGAAGAGCCUAUGAAUAUCAUCACCCAGAACAUCGGUCUUCAACAAAAGUUCGAAGAGGAGCAGAUUGAACUUAUCCAGCAGUUUGAUGAGGAGAUAACAGAUGCACAAAAAUUGCUCAUGACGAGUCGGAAGGUGGAAUUUCUGCCCCUCGACCACUGGAGACUCGUGUGUACGAACCCUCCGUGUGUUGAAAUAGUGCAAACCAAUGGUCUGUCCACGUUCAAUUACCCGAAACUCUGUCAUGCCAUAUGCAAGGAGAUGAGUGUGCGUUUCUGCAGUGUCAUGACGUUGCAAGGGACGUGCACGAGGUGUAAACAUGACUACUCAAAGCAUAGGCAAAUCAAUUUCGAAACUGUCAUUAAGUACGUGGAGAACCGUGAAAUAAGGGAGGCCAUCGAGAAGGGUAUGACCAAUAAGGAGCUGAAAACGCUAGCUCUCCAAUCGACCAAGAAGAGCCUCGAAGAGUGGACCCAAGAGAAGGAUGUCAUUGAUGAAACCUCAGUGCAAUUCGCUGCUUUCUUGAAGAACAGUACCAUCACUCCGUUCAACGAGUACGUUAUACAGUACUUGGAGCUGUCCAUUGCUGAGUCGAAGAACAAUGACAAAGAUUAUGAGCAGUUUGAGAUUGAGUUGGAGAACUGUCGAGAAGAGAAGAAGAAAUACGAAAGAUUUCUGGAAAAGGUGGAGAAAAUGCACGAGAUCAGCGUUGAGAGCAUAAGACAUGCGUUGGCGAGGCUCAUGGAUCUUCCAAAGAGUGGUACACAUUUCAAACCUUUGGCUCGAAUUGAGGACUCAGCUGAAGCGAAAGAUCCUCGAGAGACCUUGUACGAAUUAUCGGUUCCAGACCCUGUAAUGGCAAAUACUAGACCCUACACAGAUGCCCGUCCGGUCAGCUUGAAAUCAGCCCUCAGAAUGUUCAAAAACAAGUUGAUGGCAAAUCAGUUGCGACGUUGAAUAUGGUGUGUUUCAUAUGAAGAGAGGUAUGUACAAUCGAAUCUUAAAACCCCGCUCCAAGUCAAGGCGCUUCUCUUUUAUACUUGACCUCAAACACUUCAGCAAUAAAAUAAGUAGUUUGCAAAGAU